CUGUUUACUGGGUCACGUGGGUGGUUGUGCACGUGUAAUUGACACAAGGGCUGAUGGAGAAGAUGUGGCGGGUUUCGGAGCUUGGGCAGGGAUCCCUCCUGUGGGCAAUGCAGCCUCGGAUGCAUGCAAUUCAUUAAAUGCAGCGACGGGGAGGAGGCGGCCAAUUGCAAUUCGCCGAGGAGAGUGUUUCUGACGAGAGAGAGAGAAGCGGCGGCGGCGAGAGGCAGAGACAGUGGGUGGGUACAGUAUUGUCCGGUCGGUGAGGAUGAGAUGCCCGUGAGCCGGUGCUGGGUUCCGCGAAGCCAUGGCCCCGGGACGUGAGCUGAGAUGGCACAGCCGCCGCCGCCCGAGUGCCUGACAGCGCCGUUGAGCCGGAGGCUCUCGGCUCUGAGCUCUGCCCCGUGCCCAGGCGAGCCGCCAGCCUCGGCCGCUCUGCCCAUGGGGCUGCAGGGCUUCAGCAGCCAACCCGCGGCGGCUGGCAGAGCUCUCUGCCGCCUCCUGCAACCGGCUGCCCACCUCGGGGGCACGGGCAUGGGGGCGGAAGCGGGCGGAGACAAUGUAUCAUCUCAGACGGCUACAGUGUCUCCUGGCACCCAGAUGGCUACAGUAUCCCCGGGCACCCAAAUGGCUACAGUAUCCCCGGGCACCCAAAAAGCUCCAAUUCUGACUGGCACCAGAAUGACUACAGUAUCUGCAAGAUCCCAAAUAGUUUCAGUGCCCACUGGUUCUGGAAUGGUUACAGUGUCUGGGGGCACUGUGCACGGCGAGGGUGCAUGGAAGCCACGCCACCAUCCCCACCGCCUUCCUCGGGACCACCUGCUGACCCUCGAUCCUGUCCUCAGCACCCUUUCUGCUGGCCAGGAGGUGGUAAGCAGCAACUGCAGGAGGAGAGCCCUGGAGAGCCCAUGCCUGAUGCCAGCCCCUUGCCUGUGGCAGGGAGAGGGUGGUGGCAGCCUUCAAGCGAACAGGAGCGAUGCCCAGCUGUGCCCUAAGCGGAAAAGACUGGAAAACGGGGACGUUCCUAGUGGUCUAAGCCUGGUGAAUGGACACAGCGAGGAUCCUGGCCCUGGCAAGGAUACCAAGUGGAAGAAAGAGGAGGAUGAAAAUGUUGCACCCUUGGGGUGCCAGAAGGAUAAUGCGAUGGGCAGGGCAGCGCAGGACAUGCACUUGAGACUGCAGACUCAGGAUUUGGUCAACAACUACAUUGUGCCCUGCAUGAACUGCUAUGGCAUCUGCGUCAAGGACAACUUUCUGGGGGAGGGAAUGGGCAGUAAGGUCCUCCUGGAAGUGCUGAGCCUUCACCGGAAUGGGAUCCUCAUGGAUGGGAAAGUGGUCAGCCCUCUCAGUGUGCCCACCAGGAAUAUCCGAGGUGACAAGAUUGCCUGGGUGGAUGGCAAGGAACAAUCCUGUGCCAACAUUGGCCUCUUGAUGGCCAGGAUCGAUGAGCUGAUCAUCUAUAGUGCCGGCAGGCUGGGGACAUACAUGAUCAACGGGAGGACUAAGGCAAUGGUGGCUUGUUACCCUGGGCAUGGAACUGGCUACGUCCGACAUAUCGACAACCCAAAUGGUGAUGGCCGCUGUGUCACGUGUAUUUAUUAUCUCAACAGGGACUGGGAUAUCAAUGUCCAUGGUGGCUUGCUGCAAAUAUUUCCGGAAAACCGUUCUGAGGUUGCGAACAUUGAGCCUUUAUUCGACAGGUUAUUAAUUUUCUGGUCAGACCGUAGGAACCCACACGAAGUGAAACCUGCCUUUGCCACCAGGUACGCUAUCACCGUUUGGUAUUUUGAUGGGAAGGAGCGCAUUGAAGCCAAAGAGCGAUUUAAGAAAGCGUCUGCUCAGAAGGCUCUUCAGUUUACUCAGACCAGUACGGCGUAGGGUUCAGUUGGACAGGACCAGGACCACGCACCAGCUGCCCACCCACCGUGUCCAGUGAGCAGAGGGACUACAUGCGCUGGGCUGGUUUUGAGUCAACGACCCUCCUGCUCCUCCGUCCGCCGUCCACAAUGCUGGCCAGUCUCUCCAUCAAUCGUCCUGGGGUCCCUUGAUGCAGCAGCUCCAUUUAAUGUAGACCACAGUGUUCUUCAAAAUAACGCGAUAUGACAGGUCAAGGGUCACCAGGGGCAGCACUUAACCCUUCGCUGUGCAUCACGGGCAUUUACACAAUCUCAGUGUACAGAGAGAACUGUUUCGUUGGACUUUUUUCUAUUUGUUCCUCUGAGCCAGUGCAAAGCAAUCAUUAUGUUUGAUAGGGACAGUGUACAAGGAGCUCUACUUUCAGUUUAAAGGAGUAGAGGGAGCUUUACUCUGUAUCUAACCCUGCACCAUCCCUGUCCUGGGAGUGUUUGAUGGGGACAGUGUAGAGGGAGCUUUUCUCUGUAUCUAACCCUGCACUGUCUCUGUCCCGGGACUGUUUGAUGGGGAGCAUUGUAAAGGAAGCUUGACUGUGUAUCUGACUCUGUCCCUGUCCUGUGAAUGUUUGCUGGGGAACAGUGUAGAGGGAUCUUUCUUUUCAGUCUAAAAGAGUAGAGAGAGCUUUACUCUGCAUCUAACCCCAUGCUGUCCCUGCAAAGUUUUGCGAAAGAAAAUUCCUCAUUAUUCCAUAAAUGCAAAGCCUCGAUACGGAUAAAUUUCCUUUUCAAAUAACACACUCUCGUUCCCUUUUUGUUAAGUUGAAUCUUGUAUUCCGGAUAUAAUUGAUUUUAUUGUUGGCGUACCUGAAUAGAGUGAAAAGCUUUGUUUACAGACAGUACAGACAGAUCAUAGUAAGCAAAGGAUGUACAGGUCAAAAAGACUUAGAGGCAUAAAGGUUACAUUGCACAGGGUGUGCACUAGGCGAUACCAACGUUAGCAUGAUCAGUGUUUGAGGUUUGAGAGUCCAUUCAUCAGCCUAAUAGCAGCAGGGAAGAAGCUGUUCCUCAGCCUGGUGCGUGUGUUCAGGCUUCUGUAUCUUCUGCCUGACGGAAGAGAGUGCUACCAGGGUGUGAUGAGUCUUCCGCAGCAAUGGGAAGUGUAGAUGGAGUCAAUGGAUGGGAGGUCAGCUUCUGUGACGGUCUGGGCUGUGCACACCACCUUCUGCAGUUUCUUACGGUCCUGGGCAAAGCAGUGGCUGUACGAGGCUGUUACGCACCCAGACAGUAUGCUUUCUACGGUGCAUCUGUAGAAAUUGGUGAGGGACGUUAUGGACAUGGCAAAUUUCCUGAGCCGCCUGAGAAAGAGGAGGCGCUGUUGUGUCUUCUUGACUGUUCCAUUUAUGUGGGAAGUCCAGGAAAGGCUGUCAGUUAUUGUUGCUAGAUUUAUUGGGUGGUAAGGGAGACAGGAGUUAAUAGGCAAGUGUCCAGUUCCUAAUCCCCAGCCCUCACCCUUAGCCUUUGUUAAUCAGAUACCGUUCCCCAACUUCCCUUCCCUUUCAAAUGAGUUAAUGGACCGUCUGCUUCCUGAAGAUCUUAUCCGUGUACCAGUCCCCCUGGGACAGUGCUGAGGAAACCUUGUACGUUCUGCUGAGAAGCCAGAAGCUGCCUCCUUUAUUCACCACCCUGCCCACCCCACUCCCAGCUGCCCCAUUCCAUUCUGGGGUCAGGACUUUGGAAAGGGAGCCCUUAAAAGCUCUGCUCCUUCAUUAUUAACACCAUUAACAAAUUCCAAACUCCUCCUGGGACAUUUUGUCAAGUUUCAAAAAUGGCCACAUCAGUUCAUGGACCUUGAAGUUCUGCACCCUCUCCUUUAAGAGGAGUGGCGUACUCACUGUGGAAUUUCCAACACACACCAUAAACAAAUGAACUGUGGAUGCUGGAAAUAGGAAAGAAGGGACUAGGCCCAAAACGUCACCCUUCCUGCUCCUCUGAUGCUGCUUGGCCUGCUGUGUUCCUCCAGCUCUACACUGCGUUAUCUCAGAUUCUCCAGCAUCUGCAGUUCCUACUAUCCCCAGAAUGUUACCUGUGUGUCUGAAUUAACAGCCCAUUGAUAAUAUCCCUAGCACACUGGCUCUCCUAAUGUAUGAUGUUUGAAAGCAGGUCUUCACACUAAAGUAAUGGAAAUCAGGAUCCCUUCCACAGAGGUCUGUACAGUGCUGCAAAACUGGGAAAUACAUGAAUAUUAAUUUGAUCCCCAUGUGCCAGCCACAUGUUGUGGGCUUAGUAGGUCAGGUCGUGCCUGGAAGGUGAGGCUUUGCUCGGUUCAGUCUCUAGGACAAAGGCGUUGGGUGUUUAUGAUCACUUAUAUCACAACCUAUUUUGACUACCAAUAGUGUUUAAGAUUAAAGAAGUAAUGUGCAAGCACAAGCCUUAUCUCCAGUUCAGAGUUCCACUGAGACGAUAGUUUCAAUGAAGCAGUA